CAGUGUGUGAAAGGCUUCGGAUGGCUGGGCACUGAGAGAAGAACACUGAUCGUGAACUGUUUCACUUUUUCAUGUAGAAAAGAAAAUCCAGGCAAAUCCAGCAGCCGUGAUGCAGUGAGGAGUUUAGCUCAGGAAGGAGAACCGCACAUACUCUUUCACGUUAGCGUAAAGAUCGUUCUGUCUGCGUUGCCCCCUCUGGCUGCUAUGGGGAACUACAGCUCUACAGAGAUUGAAGUUUUUAAAGGCAUUGUAUCAGCAGCGGGGAGCGAAACACACACACUGCAGAACCAAGCCUCAAUUAAUCAUCAUGAAGUGUGGGAUCGUCUGACUGAAACGCUGCAGGAACCCGAUCUGUUCUCCCUCAAGUUCCUCCACAACAUCACAGAGACGACCGGAGAACCUUCAGAACCUAAAACAGAUGCUCCUCCAGAACCAGAAGUCUCUCCAUCUCCAGAAGUUUCCUCUGCAUCCUCUAACUCCUCCUCCCCGACCGUCUCCUCCCUCAUUUCUGCACUCAGAUCCUCAGAUUCCUCCUCGUCACGUCCUAAACCCCAUCUCGUUGCUCACGGCCCUCCGACUUUACAGAAACUAAAUGUGGAGCUUCAUGACAUGAGAGAGGAGCUGGAGCUGCUGAAGACUCAGCACAAGAGAGAAAUUAAACUGCUAAUGAGCGAGCUAGAUGAAGAGAAGAAAAUGCGCCUUUCGCUGCAGGUCGAGGUGGAGCGUCUUAAGAGGCGCAUGUCCAAAUAAGACAUGGG